AUGGCACAGUUUUCACCUCCAGAUACCACGUCUCUUGAUCGGGUUGCUUAUCUUGUUGGAUAUCCUAUUGCUCAUUCAAAAUCGCCCUCAUUACAUCAUGCCAUUUACUCGGCGGUUGGCCAAAAAUGGGGCCAAAUGCUCUGCGAAACGACGGAUCUCGAAAGCUUCUUGACGUAUCUGAAGAGUGACCGAAAAUGCAUGGGGAGCGGUGUGACCAUGCCGUUCAAAGUUGCCGUCAUUCCCUAUCUCGAUGAACUCACAGACGAAGGGAAAGCGAUUGGCGCCGUGAACACGAUUGUUUUCAGGACAGGCCCAAGUGGGUCAAGGAUAUAUUCUGGCACAAACACCGACUGUCUGGGGAUUCGGGACGCGUUUCUCUCGAAUGUUGAAGGCUCUCCCUACCGAGGGAAGCCAGGCCUCGUCGUUGGAGGUGGCGGUACCUGCAGAGCGGCUGUGUAUGCACUACAGAAAUUCAUGGGCUGUUCGCCUGUAUACAUCAUCAACCGUGAUGCUAGUGAAGUGGACGCUGUACUCCAGGAAUGUCGAACUCGAGGAGUCGGGGAUAAUCUGAUAUACGUGUCCACGACGGACCAAGCCAAAACACUCCUCUCACCAGGGGCCGUGGUCAGCGCAGUCCCGGACUUUACCCCUGUGACAGAGACGGAGAAGACUGUGAGGGAGAUCCUCUCCAUAUUCUUGGGCGGAGAUGAGAAGGGUGCGUUGUUGGAAAUGUGCUAUCAUCCCUCCCCUGAUACUGAAAUAUCCAGACUUGCUCAGCUAUCAGGCUGGCAGGUUAUCGGUGGCAUUGAAGCCAUGAUAGGACAAGGACUUGCACAAGCAAGUCUGUGGACUGGCAUUCAGAUUGACAACAGGCUUCGUGAUGUGGCGCGAAAAGAGGUGCGGAGACAGAUGGCAAAUACACACUGA